AUGGUAGGACGAGAUCUAGGUGUCAUCUCACCUUAUCACGAGCCGUCAUCCAAUGUUGAUAGACUUCCUAAGACUCAUGAGGACGACACUCUUGAUUUAGAGCCAUCAUCGGAGUCUCCAGCCUCAGACUGGCCUUCCAGUGUGUACGCCACAGGUUUUCGAGUGAUCUACACCCCUGGAAAAUCCAUUCCUCUUCCAUCCCAAAAGGGAGUAGCCUCACCCCAUCAUCCCCAAAUCUAUCCAAGAAACCUUGCCCUACCCAUAACUAGACGCCCCAAGUACACGAGUCGAUCCAGGACGACCUCAAUGCCCACUACGAGAUUGGAGAGUUGUCCUAGGCUCCAAGACGCGACCCCAUCCCUUGGGAUCCACAGAUCGAGCAAUUUUAGUGUUAGUUCUGCAUGUGGGACUAGACGAGGAUUGCAUACAUCUAUUAUAGGAGGAUCGUGA